AUGUUUACGAGACGAACUUUCCUCAACGUCAAUCGCAAGUUCGAAAAGACGGACAAAGAAAAGCUAAGAAUAUUCCUUCACUCUCUACCUCCCUCUCUCCCCAUCUUUCCCUCUCACUAUCUAUCGAUAUACCGCCAAAGCUACUGUUGCAGUUUCUUCUUCUUCUUCUUCUUCUUCUUCUUCUUCUUCUUCUUCUUCUUCUUCUUCUUCUUUUCAUCAUCAUAUGAAUCUAUCAUCAUCAUCAUCAUCAUCACCAUCAUCAUUUAUUUACCGUGUCUCUUCAAGACGUGGGCGUUCAUAACUCUCCACAACUUCCUAGUGGCAAUUAAAGUAUCAGACAUCAUCAUUCUUGCUGUCAUCGGUUCUUUUUUUUUCUUUUCUCUCUUUCUUUCUUUGUUCGGAUUUUUCUUUCAUCUUCUUUUUGACUUAGUUUUACCUUUGCAUAUUUCCUCCCAAUAUUUACGGUCUUUCAUUGUUUUUUUUUUUUUUUUUUCAUUCAUUUUCAUUUUCUUCUUUAAUUCCUGUUUGUUUCUUCUUUUCUCCUUUGCGGUCAACUUUUACUUUUUCUUCUGUUUAUAUAUUUUCCCAUGCAUUUGUUUCCCUUCUUUACUUAGUCCGUUUCUUUCUUUCUUUCUUUCUUUCUUUCUUUCUUUCUUUCUUUCUUUCUUUCUUUCGUAUACCUCAAAAUAUCCCUCUUUUCAACUUUCUUUAUCUCUUUCUCUUUGCUUCUCUCUCUCCUCUCUCUCUCUCUUUACACCCUCUCUUUAUAUCUAUUCUAUCUGUCUCUUUUCUCUUUGUUUGACAAAAUCACUUUUUUCAACUCUCUUUGUCCCUUUCUCUUCGUUCUCUCUCUCUCUCUCUCUCUACAUCCUCUCUUUAUAUCUAUUCUAUCUGUCCCUUUUCUCUUUCUUUGACAAAAUCAGUUCCUUCUCUCCUCCUCUCUCUUUAUAUCUAUUUCGAUCUCUCUUUUGUCCUCUCUCUAACUUAGCGCUUCUCUCUUUCACUCUCUCUCCAUUUCUCCAUCUUUCUUUAUCUCUCUUUAUUAUUUUCCUUCUUUGUAGCUAUCUUUUCGUCUCUCUCUCUCUGUCUAUUCCUCUGUGUUUCUAUCUCUCUCUCUCUCUCUCAAUCCUCUCUUUAUAUCUAUUUCUCUUCUCUCUCUCUCUCUCUCUCUCUCUGUCAAACUCACACUAUCAACGAAAUAUUUAA